CGACGAGGGGAGGAGUCAACAGUAGUGAGUCACGUAGCUAUAGCUAACUAGUCAGCCUCACAGAUAAUGGAAAUGAGUAACAGCGAAUGCUUUGGUUGUGGCCGUUCUGGACACUGGGUCAAGAACUGUCCUAAUGCUGGACGUGGACGCGGCAGAGGUCGGGGACGAGGAAAAGAUCUUUUCUGUUAUCGGUGUGGAGAACAGGGCCACAUUGCCAGGGACUGUGAACAGACUGAGGAUGCAUGCUACAACUGCCACAGGAGUGGACACAUCUCUCGGGACUGUAAGGAGCCGAAGAAGGAGCGUGAGCAGUGCUGCUAUAACUGUGGCAAAGCUGGCCAUGUGGCCAGAGACUGUGACCAUGCCAACGAGCAAAAGUGCUACUCCUGCGGCGGGUUUGGACACAUCCAGAAAUUGUGUGAUAAAGUCAAAUGUUACAGAUGUGGUGAGAUCGGGCAUGUCGCUGUGCAGUGCAGCAAGGCCAGUGAAGUAAACUGCUACAACUGUGGCAAGACUGGCCACCUGGCAAAAGAAUGCCCCAUCGAAGCUACUGCAUAACCAGUCUCCUCGUCCAACCCCCCCCUCCUUUUUCUGAUUGAUGGUUGGUUGUAUUAUUUUUCUCUGAAUCCUCUUCACUGGCCAAAGGUUGGCAGAUGGAGGCUUGUCCCAGCCCAGUGAGCCACCUCAUAUGUUGAAUGAAGAAAGGGGUGGAGAAAAAAAAGAAGUCUUUCAGCAUUCAAUACAAUAUGUUUGUUUAGUUUGGUAGAGGUGUUAUGUAUAAUGCUUUGUUAAAGAACCCCUUUUUGUGCCACUGGUCAGCAAACAUCAAAAAACUGGGACCUGAAGUGCUGUACAAAGCCUCUGGGCUUGUUUUUUUGUGAGCCUUAGUAAAAAAAUAAGUGAGAAGGAAGUUAGGAAAGCCUUAACUUCUUCUGUGUAUGGUAUCUUUUUUGUUCGUUUGUAUAAGUGGGGAAGUGUAGCUGGCUUAAGAGAGAAUGACAGGGGAAAAAAACAAUUUGCAACACACAAAUCCAUCUUAAUCCAGAGUCCACCAUGAGCCAUGUGCAGCCAUGUGGGCAUUUAGUGAAAGGAAAUGUUAUACAGAAACAGAUCAAUUUUGAAAUAUUGAGAAAUCCUGAGUUUGUUUUUCUUUUUUGUAAAAAGUCAUCUGUUUGCGAGUUCAGCAAACUUCACUUAUUACGCCUAAGGUUGAAGUUUCCAAAAAUAAUUUUAGUAAUUUCUACCUUAAAUUAUCAAGAACAAUAGAAAGACUAGAGGAAUUAGCAGUAAUUUGCAGCAACGCAAAUGUUUUCACAGAAAUCAAAUAUUAUUUUUGUACAAAAAUAUCAUUUGCUUGUACUCGGUUUUUAAGUCAGGAAGGUGGUGCAUCUGAAGUCCUAGAACAUAGAAAUGUAAUUUUAAACUAUCAAUAAAACUGGAGGAGGAAAAGGA